AUGAGCGGUCCAUUGGAUUGGUGGGCGAGCUUUGUACGGUCCUUGGGCUGGUUGGAUGCCAUACGUCCGCCCUUCACAUCGAUGAGCGCAGUUGCCCCACAGUUGCAUCCAGUGCAAUUGGAAUCACAACAAGUAUAUCCUAUUCAUAGAACCUGCAACCUCUUAUUCGAGCGCGUGUACUAUGAAUACGACAACCGCGAAUCCAGCCUCUCGGACAGUGGUCUCGUCGACCAGGUCGGCCAACUAGGAUCGAUUGAAAUCAAAAGAAUAGAUGGGGAUAGAUUACUUUCUGAAGAACUUGGAAAGGAGUUUCAGGAGUGUAAACUUAACCCAAACAAUCCGGAACGAACGUGUUCCUUCCAAAGCUUGCCUCCAGCGCCCGGGGACGUUUUCACAGUGUCGUUCCCGGGUGGGCUGGAGAGUCAAGCUAUUAGUAUUGAGAGAGGUCCGGAUACAGCCCGACUCUUUCUGGCAGAACAUCCGGAUCCUGAGCAUCCGGGUAAUUGCGAAGUUGGUGAAUGGAAAGACUGGCAGAAGGAGGAUGAUGGAAAGUUUGCCUUUCCAUUGAAAGAUGUUAAGGGUGUCAAGUCGGCAAAGUCCCGUGUCUAUACUUGCAAAGACUUUGAUUGCAGUACCCCUCGUCCAGCACGCGCACGAGCUCGUCGAGGCUAUCCGAUUGACUUUCGCUUCUAUGCAUAA